ACUCAAGUAGCAGACAACUUUAUUCUUAAAAAACAAAGAUCAGAUUGAAAAAGCUAUUUCAUUAAUAGACAAAUUCUCAACUGCCUCCAGAUUAAAACUAAACAAAUCUAAAUGUGAAAUUUUAUUUUUGUACCAAUCAAAUGUCAAAUCUUUAUAUGAUAUUCCUGUCAAAAACUGUGUUAGAUACCUUGGCAUUCACAUCUGUAAGAAUGACACGGAGCGUCAACAACUCAACUUCUCUCCCAGGAUGGAAAAAACUAAAACUAUGUUGAACUUAUGGCUCCAAAGAGACCCAUCACUUUUAGGAAGAGUCCUUUUGACUAAAGCUGGAGGUGUUUCCAGAUUUAUGUAUCCAGCCCUUUCCCUUAAUGUGUAUGAUUCCACGUGUAAAAGUAUUAAUAACUUAUUUGUUAACUUUGUAUGGAAGAAUAAGCACCAUCAUCUAAAAAAAUCAUUGCUUUCUGGACCUAAAGAUAAAGGUGGUUUUGGCCUUCUGGACUUCAUGGACCUGAACUAUACAUUUAAGGUGAAAUGGCUAAAAGAAUGCAUAAAAUCUCCUGGAUCAUUAUGGCAUUUCAUUCCACAUUUUUCGGAAUGUUGGAGGUCUACAGUUCUUAUUGUCUUGUAAUUACAGUAUAUCAAAGUUACCAGUUAAAAUGUCUGCAUUUAAUCAACAGGCAUUGUUGGCUUGGAAACGAUGUUAUUCACAUAACUUUUCUCCACAUAGAUCUAUUAUCUAGAAUAAAGAAUGUAUCACUAAGAGGAACAAAUCACUUUAUUUGCAGAAAUGGAUUGAUAAAAAGAUCAUCUAUUUAAAAGACUUAUUUGAAGCUGAAGGCCAAUUACUUAGUUACAAUUACUUUAUUACACAAAAAACAUUCCCUAUCAAAUUUAAAGAUUUUAGCUCAGUAAUAAAGUCCGUUCCCAGUGGACUGAUUGAUUUGAUGAAAGGCUACAAAAAACAGAACACACCACAUGCAUCCGUUAACACUUUUUAUAUAAAUGGUAUUGAUCUCUUAAACAAGAAAUGUACCAAUAAACAUAUUAGAGAAUGUUUGUAUAAUGCUAAGAAAAUAACUCCAAGAGGGAAGUUUUUUUGGAAUGCUAUUUUUGAAAAUAUCAACUGGGAUAAAGCGUGGCUUGUUCCUUUUAGAUUUUGUAUAACAAACAAAAUAAGACAAUUACAUUUACAAUAGGAAAAUACUACAUAACAUAUUACAACAUAUACAACAGAACAUAUACAUAACAUUUCAAGAUUCUGUGACAUUGAUAGAAAAUGUACCUUUUGUAAAACUAAACUUGAAAGUGUUACUCAUUUGUUUAAUGGCUGUUCAUAUAGUGCUACAUUUUGGAGAGAACUUGAAAAUUAUAUACUGUGCAAAACAACAUACGAAAUCAAAAUUGAAGGGAAGGACAUUAUCACUUAUUUUGAAACCAAAGAAAAAAGGUUAUGUACCAUUGUCAAUCUUUAUAUCUUACUAGGGAAAUUCCACAUACAUAAAUGUAAAUUUCAAAACUCAACCCAUUAUUUAAUUUGUUUUUGAUUGAAACUGAAUAUUACUUAAACUCUCUUAAAUCAACGUCUAAUAAAAAAGGUUUAUCAUUGAUUGAAAUUCAUUCAGAAAUUUUCAACAAAUGAGCUGUCACAGAUACAAUUUUCAGGUACAAAGCUAUUAUGAAGUCUGUCACAUCCCUCUUUUUUCCCUUUAUUUAUUUCCCUUUCUUAUUUGUCCUGUACGUCUACUGUACAAACUGAGCUGGAAUGACUAACUGUUCACGUUACAAUUUCAAAUAAAGUUCUGAGAAAAAAAUCAAGCUAAAAAAAAAGUUGUUUCCAGUUUGAUCACGUGAUGAACAAAGGCUGAAAGUGAAAGCAAGCUACGGUCGGUUUCAGCGCCGAGUCCACAGACAGCUACGAUGUCCGCGAUCAACGGAGCAGAGUUUUUCACAGACAUCAUUCUCAGCAUUGAUGAAACUCCUUUUAAAGAUAAGGGAACAUUAAAGAACAUUGUUGAAAAUGGGAAGGAUUGUUACUCCUAUGAGAAGAAGGGUUCCUGUUACAGAGUGAAAGGAACCUUUGAACAGCUGGACAAACUUGUAAGCAGAUGCCAAAGAGCGACCGAUCAUCACAGUACUGCUACACAUGGACGGACCGGUCAGCACAAUCAUCACGCUUCCACUCGUGUCAAAUCUGUGGAAGUGUCUCGGGUUGUUAUGGACUACAUUAAUAAAAAAUGUGAAGAAAAACUUGGAAAAAUUCUUGGAAACUGUUCACUGGUCACUGUACUACAGUCUGACAUCACUGCACGGAUUACUUUCAGACCACAGAGUGGCUCGUUCCACCAAGCUGCCUUUGUCAGGCAGAGGUUCAUCACAUUUUACCAGAGAGUUGCGUCUGACCUGCACAUCAUAUCUGUCCCUGGGAAUCUACAUGAGCACAACAAGCUGCAGAGAAAAUUCUCAACUCUCAUUUUUGAACCAAGCAACAAGAAACUAACAGUCAUGGGACCUUUCCCACACAUAGCUGAAUUUAAGGAGUUUCUUUGGAAAACUCGUUCAACCAAGCGUCCGGUCAGCAAAACUCCAACAGACAGUCUGAGCAACAGAAUCUCAGGGUCUUCAUCUGCACACAAAGAUCCUGAUGAUGAAUCCUGCCCGAUCUGUAUGGAAACAAUAGUCACAAAUAAGAAAAAGACACUGCGGUGCAAGCACUCUUUCUGCAGCGAGUGUCUGGAGAAAGCUUUUGUAUACAAGCCAGUCUGUCCCACCUGUGGGGAGUUAUAUGGUACUCUAAAGGGGACGCAGCCUGAUGGAGGCACUAUGGAGGUCACCAAAAACGCUUCACCUUUGCCUGGUUAUGAGAAGUAUGGAACAAUAGUCAUCCACUAUUAUAUUCCAAGUGGCAUUCAAAAGGAGGAGCAUCCCAACCCAGGUCAACCAUAUGAAGGAGCAUCCCGCACAGCCUACCUUCCAGACUCCUCGGAGGGCAGGAUGGUCCUGGGCCUGCUGAGGCGAGCCUUCGAUCAGAGACUCAUUUUCACCAUUGGACGCUCCACUACCAGUGGCAGAAACAAUACAGUCACAUGGAACGAUAUCCACCACAAAACCUCAACACAUGGAGGACCGACUCACUACGGAUACCCCGACUCCGAGUAUCUCAGCCGAGUUCGAGAUGAGCUGAAAGUCAAAGGAAUUGAAUAAGUUUAAGGUAAAAGGAUGCAGCCGUCCCAGACUGAUCGCUGCUCAUCACAAGCUGAAGGAACACGAAGCGUUUCCUCUUGUUGUGCCUUCAUGAUUCAUCAUGUUUGACAAGAAGCCAGUUUAAGUUGAUUCUCCAUUAACCCCCCCGGCGCCCCAUAAAAUAUCAGCUACAUUGUAUAAAUGCACUUUGGUAACACUAACCAGAGGUCUUAAUAAGGAGGAUGGCUAACGUCCCCGGGGUCACCCAGUUGUGUUGUUGGACCUGCAGUGAUUACGUUGCUUCACUCAGUGUCGGCUAACAAACAUGCAAAGUGAAGCAAAGUGCUGGGAUGAGCGCUAACUUUAACUGUCCAUUCAUCUGAUUUUUGUGUUGUUCUUUCAUUAUAUGCAUUUAGAUGUAUGUACACUGAUUAGGUGGCAUGUUUUGUGACUGUCCAGAACUCCAAUUUCCUUUUUUUUUUUUUCUUUCUUUUUUUUUAAAGUAUAAGCCACAUUUAGCUAAAUGAAGGUAAUGUUGAUUUCCUCUUCUGAGCACAGGCAGCCACAGCAUGGCUCCUCUAGGACUGGUGGUGCUAUUCUCCAGACUGAUUGGUCAGUGAGCUGUGAUUGUAUACCUGUUCAAUCACACCUGUAACCUUGAACAGAACCUCCUCUUAAGCAGUUUAGAGUCGAUGUACGAGGUAAGAAGUGAAUCAUCACUAAACAAACUAAAGUAACCUUCAGCCCAAAUCACACUUUGGGCUAAAAAGUUGCUCUCCAGAUCAUCCAUCAGAGUACGAAGUGUGUGACGUUUAACACACACUUACACAGAAAGAGCAUACAGUGCUUGUGUGAAUGAGGCAAGUUGAGUGAAGCGCUUUGAGUGCGCUUUAGAACUGUUCAAUUCAAUUCAAGUAUUUAUUGUCAUUGUCAAGAACAAUGAAAUUGUGUUUGGAGCUUCUACAACAGAUAAUAAUAACUACUAUUCAAGUUUGUGGUGACAGAGCGCUGAAUGCAGCCAGUUAAGCAGUGUAUCAGUGUCACACUCGACCCACCGACCUCAGGAAGUGUUACACAGUCCACUCUACCUGGUGUUUACGUUCAAACCUAAGCACCUAAAGAACGCGUGGAUGGACAUCCCUGUAAGACUUCAUUAGUGUUUGGUGAAGCUGUGUUUAUCAGUAUGGUACAGCAGUCACCAGGCUGCACCACACAUCUGUGCCCAGCUGUAGGGCUGUGCGAUAUGACCAAAAUCUCAUAUCCCGAUAUUAAGACAUCUAUCGUCCGAUAACGAUAUAAAUCACAAAAAUGUAACAUUUUCUGUAAAUUCUGUGAAUGUCGGGCAGCUC